AUGGCCCAACCCAAAAGCUUUACUUAUCGGCCUUUGGGAAGGCGCCAGAUCAGACUGGUAACCCUCCUUCCAGACGAAGACUCUCAACAAAUCAGGUGUACACUUGACCACGUAUCACUGAGCAGCAAGCCGAACUUUGAGGCCCUCUCGUGUGUCUGGGGGGCGGACGUUUUGCAUGCGUCGAUUUUGAUCAACGGGGAGUUGUUCAGCAUUCGACGAAACCUCUGGUUUGCUCUGUACCAUUUCCGAGGCUCCAAAAAGGCAACUGGACGAGACGUCCGAAGAGAUGAAGCUAUGACAGCAACAAAUCGGCGUGAGGAGACUAAGAAACCUGCUUGGGGAGAUGGAGAUUUCGUUGCCGAAAUUGGGACUUCAGAGCCUUGGUAUUCAUCCCAAAAUCUUUUCGGGUGGGGAAAAACAUGGAAGUCAGGAAUGGUGAACUCCAUAGCCGUCGAUAAGCCCUUAACGAUUUGGAUCGACGCAAUAUGCAUCAACCAAGACGACAUUAUAGAACGGGGAGCACAAGUCCAGAUCAUGGGGGAAAUCUACCAAACGGCAUGGAGGCUUCGAAUUUGGCUAGGCGAACAUUCCUCAAACACCAUUCCUGCUAUGGAGAACUUUUCCCUCGUUGAUAGGGGAACCAAGUUGUCUCUUGAUGUUCCUGGGGGGCGGAUAUGGAACCAGACCUCAGAAGCCAUAUCAAGGCUGAGAUAUCGGGGUGGGGAGCGUAUUGAUCGCAUAAUCGACUUUUUAUCCCAAGUCAAACGCGUGAUAGAUGACGACGAAAUUCCUCUCACCAGGAUCAUCAGUCGUGAUCUACAAGAUUUGGACGUCGCAUGGGGGCAGUUGAAGGCGAACAGGCUCUAUCCAGAUCACGAUGACCCAGAAGAGCUCCUGCAAUCACUGCUGACCAUGCAUGACCUCACAUACCAAGUUCUUUUGAUAUGCCUCCGAGCCAAAACUUUCUUGAUUCCAAGUCGUUUGAGGGGUACAAUUGAUGCGAAGAAUCUCACAGUGGAAUCUCUCGAGGGUAGUGUACCCUGUCUUUCCGGAUCGGUUCAAAGGUGUUGUCGGAAGGGUAUAUUAGAAAUAUGCCAGCGCCCCUACUGGAGCAGACUCUGGGUCAUUCAGGAAGCAGUUCUGGGUUCCGAGCCGAUUAUUCACUGUGGCGCUUCUGUCUUAGGGUGGGCCAAAUUUGAGAGGUUUCUAAAUGCUACGUUUCUGAAAGAGCUUGAGGGCCUCACAAUGUAUGGCCCAGGGUAUGAACUAUCUCCUGAACUCGUUGAAAUAAUUGCCGGGACACCUGCAGUGGAAUUUCUGAAGGCUUUCCGGGUUACGAAGUCUGGAGGCGUCGGCUGCAGCUCUUUGAGAUAUCUCAUAACCUCUUUUGCUAGAUCCCAGGCCAAGGACCCCAGGGACAUGGUGUAUGGACUCCUGGCUCUUUCCGACUCCGCUGAAGACACCGAUAAUUUUACACCCGACUACACCAAACCGCCACAUGAGCUUUACGUGAAAGUCGUCAAGGCUUCUCUCUGGAAACGUGGCUCUGUCUGGAGUGGGGCUGAUAACUAUCUGGUCUCUUUCAGUCGUCUGCUUCAGCAAGUGUUCGGCGAUCCUUUCUGGGACAGCAAAUGUGAUACACCCUUAUGGAUGAAGAACGUUAUUCCUAGUAGUUACGACCUUGGUGAGAUACUCGAGGUGGGGGGCCUCGUUGCGAAAAAAGUACAAUGGGAUCCGUGUAACACGACCAUUUGGGAGAAUGGUUCAUUUGCAGGUUCUAUGCCUGGAGAUUUCAGAUCCCUGCGACACGACUUACAUAGUUCGCGACUCGAGCCAAAAGAUUUUGCCUGGCUAAACCAUGGUUCAACUUCCAACGCAAAAGAUAUUGUCCCACUAAACAACUUAGAAGCCCGCUCAAUUCUCGAAUUCAAUAGUGGAAAACGAGCUCUAGUUUACAAUCAGAAGUUUACUGCUCUUGGAUAUUGGGGUUCAUCCCAAAGUGGCAGCGUUCUGUUGUCAACUCCUGUUCGCGAAGGAGAGUACUUGUGUUGUUUCAAAGACUGCCAGGUGGCUGCUAUUGUUCGUGAGAAUUGGCCCGGCGUAUAUUCUAUUGUCCGCCAUGCUAUUGUGUGUGGCAAAGAUCUUCAUAUAUUGAAAUAUUGGAUGGUGGAAUACACCGUACGACUGAGUUCCGAGAGGCUUCAGAUGUUGACCAUGUGA